GGCGCGGUUCCGAAGUUUGACGGAAAGUGACGACAUGCGUUCGGCUUCCGCAAGCAAAUAUGGAGAAUGGAGUCGGAAUUGAGGAAGCACAGCAGCAAUUCGCCAUCGUUAAUGCUAAAGAAAAGGGUGUUCUAACUUGAAUUUGUGAAAAGUGUUGUCAUUAGUGGUUCUUUUUGUAAUUAACGCACUUAAAAGAUACAGCAUAAGGCAAGGAAAGACGUCGUGGAUCUAAAUUGAGAUAUUUGAAAAUGUCUUCGGCACAAGUGGAUCGUGCAACAAAAUUGAAUAAUUCUAAAAAGGAAAAUGAAAAAUCACGUAAACCUUUUAAUCCAACGCAUAAAAAAUAUAAACACGAGGACAAUCGUCAUUUUAAAUUUGGUCGUAAACGUUUGCAAACAUUUCCUGGUAAUGGAAAAUUUUUUCCACCCUAUAAACGUCGUAAGAAGGAGGAUGCAAUUAUUCCACCAACAAAAUUUCUCUUAGGCGGUAAUAUUUGUGAUCCGCUUAAUUUAAAUAGUAUGCAAGAUGAGGAAAUAAAUCGUGCAAUGAAUGCUGUUACACCAAAAUCAAGUCCACUUCCCAUUCCAAAACAUAGAAAAGAAGCAAUUGAAGUGAUAAUACCACCGAAUAUAUGCGAUCCACUUAAUCUAAGUAAUUGUAAUGAUAAUGAAGAAUAUGAAAAGCAAUUAAUUUCACCGACAAAAAAGAAUUCAAAAAAAAGAAAUCGAAAAAAGAAACGAGCCUUAUCGUUUUCAGGGAAAAAUGAAUCAAAUGAAACAAUGGAAAUUGAACAAGUAAUUGUUGUGGAAAAUAAAGAGGUUUCAAUAUUGGAAAAUAUUGUCGAAAAAGUUGAAGAGAAAAUACCUGUUGAAAAUAAUAGUUCACCAUCGAGAGAAAUUGUGAAAGAACCAAAAGUUGAGAGUCCAUUGAAGGAUAAGGCGAAAUUACGAUUAAAAGUAUUAGAAGAUUCGAAAGAUAAGAGAUUGAGGAAACUUGAUGUUAAAGAUAAAAUUGUUAGUCCCGUUAUUCCACAACCUGGAGCUUGGAAACCAAGAUUAACUCACAGGCCAAGUCAAGAUAAAAAGAAAAAACCGCAACAAAUGCCGAAAUUUAAACCCAAGGACGCGAAAUUUCAAUAUGGAAAUUAUAACAGGUAUUAUGGAUAUCGGAAUUUACAUUUGGAAGUUGAUCCAAGAUUAAAGGCUUUUAUUCAACGUAAAGAAAUGUUUUUCGAUAAAGAUAUUCUCGAUAUUGGCUGUAAUAUUGGUCACAUUACAUUGUCAGUUGGACGUGAUUUAUCGCCACGUAGUGUUACAGGAAUCGAUAUUGAUAAAGAUUUAAUUACAAUUGCUAGAAAAAAUAUCAAACAUUAUGUUAAUUUUAUUCAAUCGCCAGCGAGUACGGAUGAUGGGGCAAAUAAUAAAGAAACGGAUCCAAAUUUUUUUCCAAUGUCAAUGCCAAUUAGUUAUGGUCCAGUUGAUAUUCCCGGAUUUAUCAAGGACAAAAGUCACAAGGGCUUCCCCUAUAAUGUCUCCUUCGUUCAGGGUAAUUAUGUAUUGGAAGACGACUCGCUGCUUUCAUUGGAACAACCACAAUUUGAUUUGAUUCUCUGUCUCUCGACAACAAAAUGGAUUCAUUUGAAUUUCGGUGACAAUGGAUUGAAACAAAGUUUUAAACGUAUGUUCGCCCAAUUAAGGCCUGGCGGUGUUUUAAUUUUGGAAGCACAAAAUUGGAAUAGUUAUGGAAAAAAGAAAGGCCGUACGGAGCGAAUUUUUCGAAAUUAUCAAACCAUCAGAUUCUUUCCAAAUCAAUUUACGCAGUAUUUGCUCUCAGCCGAAGUUGGAUUCUGUAAAUGUGAAGUAAUAUCAAUGCCUUCACAUUCGUCAAAAGGCUUUCAACGGCCUUUACAUCUAUUUACAAAAAUGGAUUUAUUCGAAAGUCCACCAGUUAGAACGACAUGUAUAUCAAAUGAUUGUCAAAAUGAUGAUUCUGCUGCUGGAAAUUUUGAACAACAAGUAUUUGACGUCGAUCUCUUUCCAUCUGAUACACCUGUACCAGGUAGUAGUCAACGUAGUAAUGGUUCAAUGAGCACUUAUGAGCAAUUGGAAAAUAUUUAUUGUCCCACUGGAACGCCACUUUAUUUACAAGGAACGCCAGCGCAUUUAAAUGAUGGCACAUCAGCUUCUGACAAUAAUAAACAUUAUUAUGCUGAAAUUGAAAUUGAACGUUCACCAAUUCCAGCGAGUCCAGAAGAUAAUGAUAAGGUGAGUGAUAAACUUCAAGAUAGUAAUUCUAAUUUAGAUGAUGAGAGUGCAGAAAAAAAUGAAGAUGAAACAAAAAAUUUUCAAUCGACAUACAAUAAUACGUGAAUUGAAAUAAUUUCUCAAAAUAAUGAGAAUGUUAAUAAAUAUAAAAAAACAGUCUGUGUUUACAUAUUAACUUGCUUAAGUUUUUUUUUUUCGCGUAGAAAAUAAUAGAGAUUAAUUUUGCUACAGAGUUUUCUUAAGGAAAUUUGUUCCUUGUUGAUUCGUUUCUUUUUUCUUUCGAUUGAAAUUGAAACUAAUGAUAGUAUUUUUUCUUAUUAAAAUUUUUUAACUAUUUUAUGAAAAUUUCUAAAAUAGUGAAUUUUUAUUAUAACGAAUUUUACGUUUGUUAAUACUAAAAAAUUCUUUAUAUUUUUUAUUUUCUUUCUCUCGAAAACAAUUUUGUUUUCUUUUUUUCUCGUAAAAUAUAAAAAAUGCUCUAUUUUUCAAAUUUAAAGUAAAAUUUUCAUUAAUAAAAAGAAACAAUUAACAAAUGUGAAAAAUUUCUUUUUUUUUCCAUAAAUUUUGUUGGACUAGUCAAAAAUAAAUUAAAAAAAAAAUUUUUAAUAACAAAAAUCAUGCAAGCAUCGAAACUUGCUGCACAAGAAAAAAAUGCUUUGAUACGUACAAAUUGUAAAAGUCAUAUUGCAAAAUUAAUUGAAAAAAAAUUAAAUAUAUACUAGCUGCGAAAAAUAAUUUUUAUUAUAAUAAUGAAAAUGAAAGUUUGUACAUGUAUUUCUAGGCUCUUUGCUAGAAUCAAAAUUGUGUUGAAAAAAGCUCGACCCUGUUUCAAUGAAUUUUAUUUUUUUUUUGAGAGAGAUUUUUUGUUUUUCAAAAUAUUUUAAUCUCUUUGAGUGAGGUAUUUUUAUAAGGAAAAGCUUUUUUCACACUCAGAGAUAAACCGAUGAUGCCGGAAAAUCAAUAAUUUGCAUUUUGUUUUUGUUUUCUUUUUUUUUUAAUAAUAGUUUGUUGAUUCGUUAUUUUUAACUUUUUGGUUACUUGUCAAUUUUUUCGAAUAAAUUUUAUUAAAUUAAAUUAAUAAAUGAAGACGAGUUACAAAUAUGAAUUUAAAAUAAUUGAAAGUUUAUUACAGUGACAAACAAUUUUUAAAAUAAUAUUUUGAUUGAAUGAAGAAAAAAAAUUUGUGAAAAAUAAGAUUUUUUUACAAUUCAAUUUUAACGGGUUUGUCAAAAAAUUUUUCUUUUUUUUUAAUCUCUUUGGAAUUGCAAAUGAUGCGAUGCUUAUGAGAUUGACAAAAAAAAACUUCGGUUUGGUCCAGUUUAUAAGACGCAAGCGCAGCGUUUCAGUGAGAAAAAAAAAACUUUCCCAGUUAUACUUGUUAAUACGUAUAAUUGUUGUAUUUUACGUAUGAUGAGUUAACCGAGUGAGAACUGACUCGUGUUUGUGUGCGAAUAUUGUACAUAUGUGUCAGUGUUAAUUUUGCAAAUUUACUGAAAAAUUUGUAACAGAAAAUUCGAUUUAUGUUCUACGCGAAUCGUUCGAUUCGAAGACUGACUUCUGGCUUUAUUAUAUUACAAAAAAAAAAAAAAAAAACUAGAAAAAAACAGUAAAUGAAAGAAAUUAAAAAUAAUAUAAAGGGACUGAUAAACAAUUUUCUUUUUAAAUUAAAAAUAAUGAAAUGCAAAUAUUUUUUUUUGCAUUAUAAUAAUAAUAAUAGGUAUUUUAAUUAAAGUCUUAUUAUUAUGAUAAAAAAUAAUGAAGUCAAAGAUAUUUCUUUUGCUUCAUCGAAACAGAGUUUGCAAAAAUAUAAAAUACGUUUUAUAUUUUGUAUUGUUUUCUAAUUAAAUAGUGUAAUUAGUUUUUAAUUUGUACAAAAAAAUAAGUAUUUUGAAAAUUCUGCGAAAAAAUGCCGGGUCUUUAUUUUUUUAUCAGUCUCUUUUAUUCAUCAAAAAAAAAAAAAAAGAAAAAAAAGUUUACUUUGGGAGAGAAAAAGUAAAAAUAUGCAAGUUUUUAUUUGAGUAGAUUUUUCAUGGCGCAUCAGAGAUAUAGAGUGAGAGAGAGAGCUUAUUUCAAAAUUUUCGAAAUGAAAUAACAUAAUCAAAUGAAACAUUCCUAAAGAAAAAAAAAAGUAGAAUUUUAGAUAACAAAAACAUGUAAAAUAUAUUCAAUAGUUUAAAAUUGAAAUAUUUAAAAAUUCAAGAAACUUUUUUUCUAUUUUUAAUUGAAUUUAGUAUUAAAUCAAGUUUUUAUUAAAAUAAAAAAAAAAUAUUAAAAAAUAACUAAUGAAAAAUGGAAAAAUUUCAAGUGUCAAGCAUUCCAAUUAAUAGUUUACAAGUUAAUAUUUGGAAUUUAUUUUAUAAUAAUAAUUAUUUAUUUUUAAAAAAUAUUUUCAAAUUAAAUCAAAUAUUCUCUUGGAAAUUGUUUAGAAGUUGAAAAAAUGAAAAAAGAUCCAAAAAUUCCUACCAAAGUAUUGCGUACAAUGUAUAAGUAAUUUAAAUAUAUCAUUUUCUUUUGAAUUGUGACCUUUAAAAUAUAAUUAAAUAAUUAAUGGUAAAAAAAGUAUUUUGUUAUAUUGCCGUUAAAAUCAAAAAAAAAUAUUUCUUAAAAAGAAAAUUCACUAUAUAUUUGAUAUUAAUUAAUAUCAAUAUUAAAAAAUAGAAGGAAAAAAUUAUUUAUUAAAAAUAAAUUUUUUUUUAUUAAAAAUAAAAAAAUGUUUAUUUAAAAAAAAUUAAGGGUAACUGUAAAUAACAAGUUUACAAUUAAAAAUCUUUCUUCAAAAGGGAAGUAAAAUAUUUCUUUAUUUAUUGAGGAUUUUUUUUUUUUUUUUAUGAAUUCUCUGAUGUGCCAAGAAAUAAAUAUUUUACUCGUCGGAGAGAAUGAGGCAGAAAAAAAUCUAAGAAAUGUCGAUGAACUUGAUAGUGAGUAUUUGGGAGAAAAAAAAAAUUAGAAAAUAGGAUUGUAAAUUUCUGUAAUAUUAGACUCGGAUAUAAUCGUUUCAUAGAUAUUAUUUAUUUCUAUACAUAUUAUUAUUAAUAUUAUAUUAUAAAAGUGCAUCUCAUUGGCACGACGUUGUCGAAAAACGGGACGAUUGGAAAGUAUCGUGUAAUAUAUACCUAUAUAUACUAUAUAAAUAGCUAUAUGUAUGUAUACACAUAUAUAUAUAUAUAAAUAUAUAUAAAUAAUAUUAUAAGAAUGCGGUGUGUAUGAUAUAAUUGACGUGAACACAUUGAAUGAAAUUGAAUAUUAUAUAAAAUUUUUUAUACGCAAACGCGAACUGUAAAUUAAUUGAACGAUACCGCGAAUCUCAUCGCCCCCUUUUUCUAUGUCUACCUGUCUUUCGAAUAAAAAUUGUUUCACAUUGUAAGCCAAGAAAAAAAAAAAAAAAACUUGGACAUACAAUUUGGACAAAAAUAAUAUUGUCUGUGAGCAAAAAAUCGUAAAAAAAAGAAUUAUAUUCUCAAUAUCUCUGCCAAAAGUUAUUGCUAAUUAUUUUAAUUAGAAACUAAUUAUUAAAGAAAUUAAUUUUAUGAAAUUAAAUUUUACAAAAUUCAAAGAAAAUUUUAGGAAUGAAAAAUUUUUUUGAAACGAGAAUUCAACAAUUAAUUAAUGUUUUAAUUAAUUAAUUGUUCAUUGAAUGAAAACUCACUAAAUUGUGAUAAUAAUUAAUAUUAGUAAAUUUUCCUUUUAUUGAAAUUUUUCGAAAAAAAAUAACUUUCUCAAUUAAAAGAGAAAAAUGAAAUUUUCCACAAAAAAUUAUUGUAAUAAUUUACAAUAUAUUUACAAAUAUAUGUAGCAUUGACUGAUUGACAGAGAUUAUCGCAGGUAAACUGCCUUAAAAUCAUUAUUUACUCGAUAAAGUUUAAUUUUUUUUUUAUUUCGAUUAAUAUUAAAAUUUGCGCACGUUCAAAGGAAAGAAUUUUUACAAAUUAAGUUUGUAACUCGACGAAAGUUACACGUUUCAUUUUUUGUGACAUUUUAAUUCUUUUAUUUGAAUGUUUUUCAAAAAGUCAAAUUGUUUACCAAAAAAAAAAAAAAAAAAAAAAACAGUUGUUAAUUUUUGCAAUUCUAAUGAAAAUAUGUAUCAACUUUUGUGAAUUGUGUUUAAACAACUUUUUUCCAAACAAAUACGUUUGGAAUUGAUUUAUAUAUAAAUAUGAAUGAGUUUUAAAAAACUUUUGAAACGACAAAAAAAAAAAUUUACUCACAGCAAAAAAAGAAAUUAUUGUAUGAAAAAUGUAAUAAAGUAGUCGAUCGUACCAAACUAUCUAAAUAUUGUUAAAUAUUUACUAAUUUUGGUAAUUUCCUAUUUUAUUUUAAACAGAGAUGGUGGAAUAUUGUUUUAUGAGGUAAGUAGAUUGUUUAUAUUAUUUAUGUAAAUUAUUAUUAUUUAGUUAAUUGUUAAUAGAGACGAGGGAAUUUUUGAGACGAGGAUUGUGUCAUUUAAUUACGAUUUUUUAUUGCUAUGAAUAGAUUCAUUUAACAGAGUUUUUAUCUAAAAGAUACAAACACCCGACUUUCGGCGGAUUUAUAUAAUAUAUAUAUAUUAUAUAUUCUACAACAAAUCCUGUCAACAUUAAAACACAUCCAGUUCUUGAAUUACAAUAACGCAGACAAUUUUUCUCUCUUUCAAACAAGUGUUAUUUUCUAUAUUUUUUUUAAAUAUUAUUUUUAUUUUAUUUUUUCUUUCAUUAUUUCGCUUCAAUUAUAAUAUAUACGUACGAUCACACUUUGUUUCUGAUUUUUUUUUUCAUUUUAUUCUCUUUCUUUUAUAUCCCUGAAUACGAAAGACCGUAUGCGUAUCUCACGAUUAUUAAUAUGUAACCAGUGAAAAUUACGAUAUCCCGCGUCUUUUUUU